UUGACAACACCAUGGCCACACUUCGAGAUCGGCAAAUAGCCUCCAUCCAACGUAUCCUCAAUCUCAAUGCUCCGAAACAGCCCUCCGACACCGAAGAUGCCAGCAGCGCCGUACAGCCCGCAAACACUCCCAUCUUGUCCGAAACUGGCGAGCCCAUAUGGAAAGUCCUAGUCUUCGACGACUUCUCGAGGGAUGUUGUGUCCUCGGUCCUCAGGGUCAACGAUUUGCGGGCAUGGGGGGUCACCAUAUACCUGCCCAUCAACACCACAAGGCAUAUGAUACCCGAUGUACCCGUCAUCUAUCUCAUAGAACCCACCACCGCAAACCUCCAGAUCAUCACCAGCGACCUAUCCCGCAACCUCUACUCUCCUGCAUACAUCAACUUCAUAUCAUCCGUUCCCAGGCUGCAACUGGAAGAUUUCGCGCAACAGACGGUGACAUCCGGUACCUCUGAGCACAUAGCCCAAAUAUAUGACCAAUACUUGAACUUCAUCGUCUCUGAGCCCGAUCUCUUCUCGCUUGGAAUGAAAGGCGCAUAUGGCACUUUGAACAGCAACAAGUUGACGGAUCAGGAGCUUGAUGAGACCAUCGACCGCAUUGUUUCGGGACUCUUUUCCGUCGUGGUUACUUUGGGUACGAUGCCUAUCAUACGUAGCGAGAAGGGCGGUCCCGCGGAAAAUGUCGCCGCAAAAUUGGAUCGCAAGCUGAGGGACCACGUCCUCAAUUCAAGGACAAACCUCUUCUCUGGCGGCGACCAGAAAUCAGCCUCAAGCACAAGUUCGCGGCCGGUUCUGAUUCUCGUGGAUCGCAACGUUGAUCUGACUGCAAUGCUGAGCCACAGCUGGAUCUACCAGUCCCUCAUCUACGAUGUCUUGGAUAUGAACCUCAACAAAAUCACCAUGACUGUGCCUAUCAGCAAAGAAAAUCCUGAGAAGGGCACCAAGAAGCAAUCCUACGAUCUCACAGCCUCCGACUAUUUUUGGUUACGAAAUGCUUCUCUACCUUUCCCACAGGUCGCAGAAGACGUAUCCCAGGAAUGGAACAAGUACCAGGAAGAUGCCAAUGAUGUCACUAAGAAGACAGGCACAUCUUCUAUAGACGAUCUAUCAGGCGACAGCAGCCAAUUCGCUGCGCACCUGAAAGGGGCUAUGGCGCUGCUUCCUGAACUGAGAGAACGCAAAGCGACCAUCACAAUGCAUAUGGAAAUCCUCGAGACUCUAAUGGAAGGCAUCAAGGACCGAAAACUGGACCAAUACUUCCAACUCGAAGAAGAACUUACCAAGCAAAACAAGACCCAGAUCCUUGACUUAAUCAAAGACUCGGACAUGGGUAAAGAGCCCUACGAUAAGCUAAGGCUCUUCCUACAAUGGUAUUUGACCACCGAGUCCGAAGUGAGCCGAGCAGACCUUGAGAGCUUCACACAAGCCCUGGACGCUGCAGGUGCCGACACGAGCUCGAUCAAGUACGUAGCCACCGUGCGACAGCUCACACGAAUGACCAUGAUCUCCUCCGCACCGACACAAGCCUCUCAGCCUGCCUCGCAGCUUUUCGGGGGCUUCAGCAAUCUGAGUUCUCGCGUCACCGAUCGAUUCAAGGAAGCCGGCCUCGGUGCCAAUUUUGACGGCCUCCUCCAGGGCGUGAAGAAUUUCCUGCCUGCGAACCGAGAUCUUACGCUCACCAAAAUCACCGAGUCUAUCAUGGAUCCCACCAACGCGUCGUCAAGCGCCAUUAGUAAGACCGAAGACUACCUCUACUUCGACCCCCGAUCCGCCAAUGCGCGUGGUACGCUGCCUCCAGCCAGCCAAGCACGAAACCAGCAAGGCACUCGCAUGGGUAUUGAGGCUACAUUUGGACAAAGACGCCAAGCGUUCUCGGAAGCCAUUGUCUUCUGCGUCGGCGGUGGUAGCAUGGACGAGUACGGCAAUCUACAAGAGUGGGCCAAGAGAACCAGUGGAGGCGGCACAUCCGGCAUCGGCCAAAAGCGGAGAGUCAUCUACGGAUCUACAGCUAUCCAAUCGGCCACUGAGUUCCUUACCACUGAUCUGGCGAGGCUCGGCAAAGAGAGCAUGUAA